AUGAACAUUUGUUGUUCGCGGGUGGGCAUUUAUUCUGAAUUCCCACAGUGGGGCCUCUGCACUGGCUGGGCUGUCCCCUUCUCUGCAGGGACCUAUGGACUAAGCAAUGCGCUGCUGGAGACGCCCUGGAGGAAGCUGUGCUUUGGGAAGCAGCUCUUCCUGGAGGCCGUGGAGCGGAGCCAGGCGCUCCCCAAGGAUGUCCUCAUUGCCCAGCUCCUGCAUGUGCUCAACAAUGACGAGGCGCAGCUGCCAGACCCGGCCAUUGAGGACCAGGGCAGGGAGUACGUGCAGCCCUUCCUGAGCAAGUAUGCGGCUGUGUGUGUGCGCUGCCCGGGCUAUGGCACCAGAACCAACACGGUCAUCCUCGUGGAUGCGGACGGGCACGUGACCUUCACAGAGCGUAGCAUGCUGGACAAGGACCCCGCCUGCUGGGAGACCAGCACCCAUGAGUUCAAGCUGCAGAGCUAACCCCUCUCCCUGGGUGUGGCCAUUGGGCUCCUGGAAGGCCCUGCCUCGAGGACCAGUGUGGAUAGGAACCUUCCGUAGGCACAUGCACUGCCUGUGACUUGGCCAAGCAUCCCCCAGGACCAGGGCCCUCUGGUGUUUCUGUGACCUGUCUGUGUCCACGUGUCCAGCUCAGGGUCUGCCCUUACGCCAGUAGGAGUGACAGAGUCCCACAGCCAGGCCUGGGGCAGGCCUAGGUGUGGUGUGCCCGUGUGAAGGCACCUGGGUCUGCCCCUGUCCAAGCACAGAGGUACAGAGUCGAGGCACAUGCUUCCAUGCACACCUGGAGGUGCACGGGCACACACACACCAUGCACAGGCAACAGAUAGGUGUACACAUGCUCAAAUGCACACCCAACCCCCAGCGUACACACGUAUGCAUGCUAGACAGGCAGAGAUGUGCCGCUCGCAUCUGCAGGUGCUUCUGGCCAGUGGGUCUUUGCUUUGAUCAAAACAACAGGGUGUAGACUUUUGUUUAAAAGUGGCUCCCUUUCUCCUGGGCGUAGUCCACUUCUGGACAGCUAGACUUGCUCUUGGAGAGGAGAGGCCCCAUUUGGAAUGAGAAAUGAGAACAACCCCAGAAAAACCCACUGUCAUAACAGAAGCACAGGCUGGUUGGUGGUCCUUUGUGCUCUGGGGAGUCUCCUGUGUGCAUGGGGUGGUCCUGUGGGGGGAGGGGGGUGGUCCUGCAUGAUGCCCCAGGGGUCCUGUGUAUGCUGGGGCACCUUGGUAGGCUCUCAGGCAACUACCUGCCCAUUGGGGGUCAUGGGUCUUGGGCAGGCCCUCUCAGUGAGGGGACACAGCCAGCCCUUGCUAUUUCCCUUCUCCUUAGGGAGUCAGACUUCAUAGGAAUCUGUACUUGAACGUGAGACCUUGAUAAUAAAACUCGGAGGCUGUGGUGAGUCA